AUGGGGACCACGGAGGCCACGCUGAGGAUGGAAAAUGUGGAUGUGAAAGAAGAAUGGCAAGACGAGGACUUCCCCAGGCCUCUCCCAGAAGAGACAGGGAUGGAGUCACUGGGAAGCCCCACGGAAGAUGAGACCACGUCCUCUCCUCCCAACACGUUGAAUUUUAACGGGGCCCAUCGGAAGAGGAAGACUCUUGUUGCACCCGAAAUCAACAUUUCCCUGGACCAGAGCGAGGGCUCCAUCCUCUCUGACGACUUCCUGGACACUCCCGAUGAUCUGGACAUCAAUGUGGACGAUAUUGAAACUCCUGACGAGACAGAUUCCCUGGAAUUCCUGGGGAAUGGGAACGAACUGGAAUGGGAAGAUGACACCCCCGUGGCCACGGCCAAGAACAUGCCCGGGGACAGCGCAGACCUGUUUGGGGACGGGGCCACCGAGGAUGGCAGUGCCACCAACGGGCGGCUCUGGAGAACCGUCAUCAUCGGCGAGCAGGAGCACAGGAUCGACCUGCAGAUGAUCAAACCCUACAUGAGGGUGGUGACACACGGAGGAUAUUAUGGAGAAGGUCUCAAUGCCAUCAUCGUGUUUGCUGCCUGCUACCUCCCGGACAGCAACCUGGCUGAUUAUCACUACAUCAUGGAAAAUCUCUUCCUGUACGUGAUCAGCAGCCUGGAGCUGCUGGUGGCUGAGGAUUACAUGAUCGUGUACCUGAACGGGGCCACGCCCCGCAGGAGGAUGCCAGGCCUGGGCUGGCUCAAGAAAUGCUACCAGAUGAUCGACAGAAGGCUGAGGAAGAACCUCAAGGCCCUGAUCAUUGUCCACCCAUCGUGGUUCAUCCGGACCGUGCUGGCCAUCUCCAGACCCUUCAUCAGUGUGAAGUUUAUCAAUAAGAUCCAGUACGUCCACAGCCUGGAGGAACUGGAGCAGCUCAUCCCCAUGGAGCACGUGCAGAUCCCAGACUGUGUCCUGCAGUAUGAAGAGGAGAGAAUCAAGGCCAGGAAAGAAAGGGCAGAGGAGAAACAAGACAUGGCUGAGAGGGAAAGCAGGCCCGUGCCCCCAGCAGAGGAUCAGGAAACCAGGUUUGAGCUCUUUGUGUGUCUGGGACAGUUCCAUGGCAUUUGUGAUCCCUGA